AUGAAAUUUCAAACAAUAUCAUUAUUUUUAAUAAUUUUAUUUUAUUUUAUAAACUUUUCAUUUUCAACUAUUGCAAUUGGAUCAAAGGAUGAAAUUACAAAAGAUGAUUUAAUGAAAAAGGUUUAUUAUUCUAUUCGUCCGGAUAAUAAAGAAUGUUUAACUCCUCAUUGUGGUGGUUAUUUCAUUAAGAAAUUGAAUUCAAUUGAAGGUACUGAAGAAUCUCAAGAAAUUUAUAUUAGUGAAAUGAUGUCAAGUAAUCCAUUAUUAAAUGCUACUAUGAUUGGUGAAUUAAAAGAAAUUCAAAAACAACAACAACAACAACAACCAAUUUCAAUUAUGCCACAAUUUUCAAUUGUAGUAAGUGGUGAAAUUACACCAUCUCAUUCAAACGAUGGAUUAUAUCAUUGUUUACAUAUAACAGAUAUUCUUCGUGUAAUGUCAAUACCAUCAGAGGAUUUUUUAAUUAAUAAACAACAAAAGGCAACCAUUAAACCACAAGAACAAUAUUACUUUAUUAAACCAUCACCAUAUAAAUGUAAUGGAAUUUUAACAGAUUGUCCACAUUUGGUUGUAAUGAAAGCAAAUACAUUGGAAAUUGAAUUCUUACAAAGCUAUAGCGAAUCUUAUAGCAGCUCAAUUCCAAUGUUAGAUCAAAGUUGGUUUAAUUCAAGAUUAGUAUCAGAGAAUUCAGAUGUUAGUGCAAUGGUAAAAGGUUUUAUUGUAGGUGAGAAAUUAAAAAUCUCUUAUGUUUAUUUAAAUACCUUUGAUCCACCAACAAAAUGUAAUCCACCAAUUCCAAAACGUUGUGAUAAUUCAAAACCAAAUCAAAUUCCAGUUUUUACUCGUACCAUUGAUCGUUGUGUAAUUUUCACAGAAUGUAUUGAACGUGGACCAUGUCAUUUAGGUGUACCAUCUUGUUCACCAGGUUAUAUUCCAUCAAUUAUUCAAGUUGCUCCAAAAGGUUGUAAAAAAUAUUAUUGUGAUCCUGAUUUUUUACCAAUAACAUCAACAUUUAAUUAA